UUAGGCCAGCAAAAUGAAAGCCAUUUUCCUACUACUCUCCGUGUUUUCCCUGUGUUUGGCUUACUUGGUCAGUGCCGAAGUAAAUGAAAAUGUUGGAGUACAGACAUUUAAGAAGUACUCCUCCUCCUGCAAGGAGUUGAAACCCAAGAAGAGUGGUGUCCAAAAGAUCAAACUUGGUAGUGAUGUAAUCGAAGUGUAUUGUGAUGUAACAAUCGCUGGAAAAGGAUGGUUGGUCAUCCAACGAAGGGUUAGUGUGGAUACGAACUUCUUCCGCAAUUGGACUUCCUAUGAAGAGGGUUUCGGUGACCUUAAGGGAAACUUCUUCAUUGGUCUGCGUAAUCUGAACAAGAUUGCAUCCCUUGAACCCCAGGAGCUUUACAUUCAAUUGGAGGAUUUCAGUGGAGAAAAGCGAUAUGCCCACUAUGAUCUGUUCAAUGUGGGCAAUGCAUACAGUAACUACACGCUAACACAGCUGGGAAACUACAGUGGAAAUGCUGGAGACAGUCUAAGAUAUCAUCUGAGUGAACCUUUCAGCACUUUUGAUAGGGAUAACGAUCAGAGCCACCUUAAUUGUGCUGCAAAGUUUCAUGGAGCUUGGUGGUACUAUAGUUGUCUUCACAGCAAUCUGAAUGGUGCCUAUUUGGGUGGCAACAUCACUGAUCCGGAACUCAGUGCCGCUGGAAUCAUGUGGAAAGAUUGGAAGGACAUCACGUAUAGCUUAAAAACUGUUAACAUGAUGGUGCGACCGAAAUAAACUAGAAAUGUUUAGGACAAAGAGACUGACUAACUGACUAACUAAACAAUGCUGAAGAUUUAAAGUUAACAAAAAAAAACAUAUCAAAGGAAAAUAUCUUUAAGCGUGGAACUUUCAGAAUUGAAAAAGACCUUUAUAUAUUUAAUCAAUCUUGUUUCGACUUUUUACUGAUUAUAUAUAUGCAAGAUUGCAGUCAAACAUACUAAGGCAAACCUCCUUACCUUAUCCAUUACAUUGAUUACUAUAAAUAUAUGGUUAUUAUUGCUUACAA